CUGUCCCGCCCCCUGCACUCUGCCAGCCACUGUAGCAGCUAACAGCAUAGCAAAUGUUCCUCUGGAUGCACACAUUGAAUGAAAGUCAGUGGAGAAGGCUGUGGCCAGCUGAGAAUAUCUGCACACAGCAAAGUUAUCUUCCAGUGUAAUUAGCAGGCUGCUGGUGAGGCUGUUUCAGCAGCUUACACAUUGGCAGAAGGCAGGUUGGAGAUAUUUGUGGAAGGGGAAGGAGCAGGCUGUGUGAGGCAAUGCAGCGGGUCACGGCGCAGUUCGUCGCCGGGCUGCUCGCAGCGGUGCUGUCGCUGCUGACCGAGCAGUGCUGGGCGGACGGCGGGGGCCCCAGCCUCGCUGAACGGGUUAUCUGGGCUGUAAAUGCCGGGGGCGAAGCGCACGUAGACGUGCACGGCAUUCACUUCAAAAAGGACCCGUUGGAAGGGAAAAUUGGCAAAGCAUCUGAUUAUGGGGUACGUCUGCCAAUACUGCGCUCCAGUCCAGAGGACCAGAUUCUGUACCAGACAGAGCGCUACAGUGAAGACACUUUUGGAUAUGAUGUUCCCAUUCGCGAAGAAGGAGACUAUAUACUAGUUAUGAAGUAUGCAGAGGUUUACUUUGCUCAGUCACAGCAAAAGGUGUUUGACGUCCGUCUAAACGGCCAUAUGGUGGUUAAGGACCUGGAUAUCUUUGAGCGAGUGGGUCACAGCACGGCUCACGAUGAGAUAGUGCCCUUCUCUAUUAGACGAGGCAAGCUGAGCGUGCAAGGAGAGGUGUCCACUUUCAACGGCAAGCUCACUGUGGAGUUUGUAAAGGGUUAUUAUGACAACCCCAAGAUCUGCGCUCUCUAUGUAAUGAAGGGCACACUAGAAGAUGUACCAAAACUUCAGCCUCACCCUGGCUUGGUGAAGUCCGACGACGAGGACGAUGAAGAGGAAGAUAGUGAAGGAGGCGAGGAAGGUGGGAAGAAAAAGGUUCCGGCAGGUUCCAAGUACAGGGUCCAGUCCGGCCCGCGAACACCAAACCCAUAUGCAGCUGACAACAGCAGCCUAAUGUUUCCCAUCCUUGUUGCGUUCGGGGUGUUCAUCCCCACACUGUUCUGCCUCUGCCGGCUGUGAGCUUGAAACCGUCGGUGGAGGAAACGUCAGGAGGAUAAGAUGGACGUGGGCCUAUGAAGAAAGAGGGGGUGGGGUGGGAGGUAAAAGGGGGAGGGGGGGUCAAGAUGGCAACAGCAGCACAGGUAAAAGCAAACACACGGGAGAGAGCUGAAGGCUUGGAGAAAAUCAGGACGACACAAAGAGACAAUAACUUUUAGGAGAGCCACUGCAAGGUGAAGCAAACGCUGCUGUCGUGAUAGUACCAUCGAGUGAAGAACAGGAGGUGUAGGAAGUGUAUGCUCUGCGCUCCUUUGUGAAUGUGUUCUGCAUCCACCUCUGCUGACCCGUUUGAACAAUGUUAGUCAUUUCCACUCAGAGGCUGGGCAAGAUUUACAGACGCCCGUCUUCAUGGAUUGAAACCACAUUUGCGCAGCUAAGGGAUGCUCAGGAGUGAUUAGUCUGGGCCCAUUUUGUAAAGUAAAAGCAUUGUUUUGUACUGGGUGUAGCCAGGAAGCACACUCUGUUUAACACUCCUGCUCAGCAUCUGGUCAGAAGUGUAACCUUGCUGCCGAGAAAUUGGUCAAAUAGAAUAGAAACCACGAGUCAGACGGUUAGUCCUUUUGUUGAUGUGCCAUCAUCUACUUCUCACGAGGUGUUGAAAGGAGGAGGAAAUUAGUCUCGAUCAGCUCUGUGGCUGGUGGGCUCAUUUGCUGUCUACGUCAGCUUGCCUUUACAUAAACAAAGGUUGGGUUUCACAAAUCUGUCAGUGACGUGUGGUCAUGCGCAACAGGCGUCUUUGGCUUUGUUCAUCCAAAUACCGAUUCAGGGCCAUUCAAGUGUCCUCUGCAGUGAUCACAAAUUGAAAGUCCUUGCAGAAUUUUUUUCCAAGGAUGGAUCCAUUUUAAUAUUGACACACAGAACCUUUAACAGAACGGUUUCUUUCAGUAAGGGACACUACAUUUGUAUUUAGUGAGAGGCAAAGUUUAUGCUGUGAAAUGCUUACGCUCCAGUGAGUCAGGAUCAUUACGUCACUGUAUUUUAUGUAAUCUCUGCCUUUUUUCUAUUCAUUCACUCAUGAUGCAUGCCUGCCUUUUUGUUUCACCAAAGAAUGUUUUUUUUUUCCUUUGUUGGGAAAUGGAAUAAUUGGUGGCCUGUUAAAUUUGAAUAGAUUCUGUGUUGUCCUCUGUGGUUAGCAGUUAAAUUGAGCAUAUAGUACGUCUUCAUCAAAAAUUGCUAAAGACAAGUGAUUUAGGAUUUAGUCGAGGGGUUUCUACAUUUUACACCGGUGUCUAAAACGGAGAGAGAGUUGCUGGGGUGCUUUUGUUUAUUUUUUGUCAUAAAUUAGUGUCUUUGAUUUUACAACAGAAUACUGUGCUGACUCUGAUGAGCCAUAACCUCCAGUGCUCCAUCUUAAAUUGAGAGAACCGGCCGCUGCACCUCAAUGUUAAAGAAAUAAACUAAUCUGUGCCAGUGGAUGCACUCGUUUCACACACCACACAGCAAGUUCGCCAACCUGCCAUAAGAAGUGAGAAAGCACAACAUUAGCGUAGGUAGAAAAUUCGAUGUUUACCAGAUGUUAUACAUCAUUCAAGUCUCCACAUUGUUCUGUCGGCCUUUUCGGUUCCGUUGUCUUAAAACUCUUCAGCAUGGGCUGUACUGUUGCGUCGAUUCAGUGUGAACUUUCAGUGCGAUUAAGCUACAUGUUCUGGUCCUUGAAUUGAACAAGGGACAAAAUGUAUUCUUUGAGCCUUUUCUUUUCUACAUGGCCAUGUUAUCAAGAGUCUUUGGACCGUGAUAUUCUUUUUAGCUUUCACGCAGACUGAAAAGCAGCGUUGUUCUUCAGUUUUGGUGGAAUUGUUGUGAACCCACCUAUUUAUGUAUCUAGUUACCUCCCAUAAGUGCUUAGCUCUACUCCAAGGACGAUUUUGUAACUUUGCCUGUUUCACUAAUGCGUCUUAAAUGCCCUGCCUCCCCCCCUACUCCCCGAUCCCCUCACCAGUACUGCUGUUGCCAUAAGCAGUACUUGGAAAAACAAUUAAUAAUUCAGGUGUUGUGGAUCCUUUCUCACUCCUUGAUUCUCCUUCCCAGUUUGAUUGAUGGUGGGUAAGAAUUUUGUGCCAGAAAAUAUUCAGUCAGUUGUUGGCAGUUCUUGAUUUUUUAAAAAUUUUUUUCUUCCUGUUGUUGUUGUAAACUCAAUUCAUAUUUAAGACAUAUAAGCACCUUUUUUUUUCUCUGAAAAGAUGCAAAAAGUUGAUUUAAUUCAGCACCAAAGCCACCAUAUUCUGUUCCUCUAUUAGUCUACACAGUUGCGUGUGUAUAUAAAGGUACAAGAUCACACUUUUUAUUGUGUGACAGCUGUUCUGUUCUCAUCGAUUUUGUGUCGUAGCUGAGGUGAUAGGGUUUUUAAAUUUUGUUGUGAGGAAGACUUUGUGGCCUUUCUUCUGGGGAGGAACGGUUGUUGGUACAGAGUAUAAGUAAAAUCUAACAGGCAGCCAGAUGAACUGACUGUCAGAACGUCAAAUAAAUGAGAUUAUAUCUGAAAAUAUGGGAUCUUCCAUUCUAUUAUAUAUAAUUUAAAUCAGAGUGGGGCUGACCUGGAGAUAUUUUAUAAUACGCUUGGAUUUGUUUGAAUUUUUUCCUCAGGAUCCGUUUUAUUUCAAGUUUUUAAAACGUGAUAUUUUAUUGGUGUGACAUUUUGCACUGCCUCAUGUAUUUUUAAAUGUCAGUUUUUUUGUGUGUGUUUGUCUUUGUUGCCUUGAAUUAUUGAAUACAUUGUGCUUUACCAUCAUUCGCCUUGAGGUUGCUCUUUUGUUGGCUUUUAUCAAAAAAUUGCCUCUUUUUUUCCUUCUUUUCUGUUGAACACUUUUCAGGGCUAGAUUUUCAUUCCACACAAACAACUGUAGUUAGGAGUAAGACACACCUGUCAGUGGAAUUAUUAUAUAUCUAGGGUCUGUUACUAACCUCAACUUUUCUAGGAGCAAAGCCAGUCAAGAAAAGUGUGUAAAAGUAUAUGUCCACAACUUGUUUCAAACAGUCUUACCCCUGCUUUUUAGACCCGUUGUCGUCAAUACACCUCACAGUUCAGUGAACUGGAGUGGAAUGAAGAUCUGCUCUCAGUGUUUUUUUUAACCACAUGAGAACCAAAGAAUUGCUGUCAUUCCAUCCUAAUUCUUAAACACAGUGUCCCAACGUGACGCUAAAGGUUCCUCAUUUCUGUCAUCCUUUUUAGUUUCACCUGGUAAACCAGUGAAAUAAACCAGGGAAAACAAACAUGUCUUGUCAACAGAUUUCUAUUCUCCUGCCAUGAACCCAAUCUUCUUGAAAAUGUCAUCUUGAAAAAGUCUUUUGAAUCGCUCUGUAAUUAAUGUAGAUUUGUUUUUGGCAUGUUGCUGUUUUUUUCUCUCUUUUUCAAAGCAACUGAACAUGUGAGAUUAAUUUAAACAAAUUUGAACAGUAAGACAUCAGCCAACUUGUCCCAUCGUCCAGGCAGCAGACCGCCAACAACAAGGUCUGCCGCCGUUCACACACUGUGAAUGUGUGAGACAGUGAGUGUGUGCGCAAUAUGAGUCCUACCUUAUAGAUACACGUGUGUUGGAUAAAUACAUGCUCUUCUGAGGGCUGUAGGCAGCAGCAGGUGGACUGAGAAAUGUAUUUGAGACCCCUGAUCUUCUGACUCAGAUGCAGAUAUCUGCAAAAUGGGAAAUGCUGAAAAAUGCUGUCUCUUUUUAAUAAAUGUGCUAUUUUAUCAGAA